AACACGAAAAAACUGAAACUGAAACUGAUCGUGGGUUUUUCCUGCACGGCGAAACGGACGGAAAGUGGUGUUCUCCACUUUGACGUGAUUUGUUUAAGGAUCGUUCGUCCGUCGCCGUUGGGAGGCUGUGGUUACAACACCCAAGAAGCACCACUGAGGAAAAUUCUGUGCGUUGCACGACGACGACGUCAACACUCGUAGAUCCGAUUAGCAGGGUCCUAGUAGCAGCAAUAUGUGUGCCACGGUCAGCCCAGCAGAGGCUGGUUCGGUCCCACGGUGGUCUUGGCCACGGCAAGGUUCCACGGUGAAGAAGGCGCCACCUUGCGAAUACUAGGAAGAGGGAAAACUUGAGGAAGACGAAGAAACGUGCGCACACACACAAACACCCACAGAGCAAUCUUGUUUUCCGAGCAUCAAAAGUGUAGCUUUAAAGCAGCCCUAGAAGGGGAUAAGAAGCGGAAUAAAGGCUAGAGGAGGGAGCGCUUCAGUGUUUGUGAUACGCGUUUGCUCUAGUGGAAGAGGCGCGCCGAAGAAAAUCGUGAAAAACAACAUUGUGCGGCUUCUCGACUUCCACUCAUCUCUGUGAGUGUGGGUACGAGUGUGUGUGUGUUUGUGUGAAUUAGUGUGUCAGCUGUGGUGGUGGCGAGAAAGUGUGCUAGAGGUUAGCCAGCGCGCCAAGAGAAUAUCAUAAAAUCAAUAAAACAAUCAUAAAAGUGAGGCUACACAUGGCGGUGUAGGUGGCGGCCCAAGGAACACUAGAAGGAUUUCAUGUUUUUUCGCCGUUCUCGUCGAGGUGACCGCAGAGCCCGACUACGACACAGCUCAGCCCAGCAACAUUAGGGCCCUUAAGCAGACUAGAGAGGGUGGCUUUUGUUUUGAUUGGCCAAGCAAGGUGGCCACCUCCUUCCACUGCCCCCAAAAUGAGGUGAUUUGGUGGAGAAAGGCAAAAACAAAUACGCACACACACACAGUCAGAAAUACUCACACAUCCCCAUUAACCUAUUGGGGCAUGUAAUGGCCCGAGGGUGGUAGAAUCGUGACGCCCUCCACCGGAAGUCAAUCAUACACUGCCGGGAGGAAACAAGGACUAACGCAAUCACUCAAUAAAAAACAGCAACAAUAACGAGUUCGAUUAAGUUAGUCAUCGCCUUCGAGGAGGGAUUCCAACCCCCCUUUCGAACGUUUCACAAUCGAAUUAAAACCCAGAGGACCCGGCUUGCCUGCUGCAAGGAAACGCGCUCUAAACCCCCGCUAAACGUCCAGGAUGUAGACGAAUCGAACGGCGGUUGAAGCGCUCAAGUGGCCCCCACAGCUGCAGGUCACAAGAGGGGACCAGAUAGUCGACCAGCCCAGUCCCGCGUGGUGUGUUUUGUAAUAAAAUCAAACGUUAAUUGCACACUAAUUAGGUUUGCCGGAGGGAGAAGCGUUUGUUUGUGUACUCUCGCUCUCUCUCGAGGGAGGUUGUUUUGGAGCAACAUAGAGAGCCGUGGUGUGUGUGUGGAAAUGUGGGUGGAAGAGUCCACCCAACCUAAAACAACAACAGUAAAAAUAACAACAACAACAACAAUAAAAGCAACUACAAUAACAACAAGCCGCCGCCGCCGUCGUCGGUCGUCUUUGCUUUGCUGAACUGAACGAGUGGAAGAACACAAAGUCAAGUGCAAGAAGAUAGAAAGAAAAAAGGAGUGAAUACGUUGAAAAAAAAGUGCAGAAUAAAGGAAAAGUACACACCGCUUUUUGGGGUUUUACAUAAAUACUUACGAAAAAGGAAAAGGCCCUGGAGGUGAGGGAAGAAGAAGUUGAAAAAGAAGAAAAGUGUGUCCCCUAGUGCUACGUAAAUAUUUCAGAACUUGAAGGGGUUGUAUUUUGGGGAUUACGACGAGAUCGAAAUUAUUCCUGCAUAAAAGAAAGGGGUUGAGAGUUUUACAUUUUUUAAAUAGUGACAAAAGGAGAAAGGGCCGAAGGCCAAAGAGAGAUGUGCUAAAGCGGGGCAGGGUGAAACGCGGUUCGUUGGUGUUCCGAGGGUGGGGAUGUGGUGGUCCACUGUACUGGCCGCCGUUGUCGUUGUUGCCUUUGACUGCGCUGCUGCUGUUGUCGUUCCUCGGCGCAACCCGCUGAGAGGUGGCCACCAUGAGGAGUGAUAGCUCGGAGCUUCUGCUCGAGCAACAGGAAGAACUAGCUCGCAAGAAGAAGCUACUAGAGCUUGCCGCGGCCAAAAAGGCGAAGAGUGGUCCCGCACCGAAGCGGACACUGCGCGAAAAUGCCAGCUUCUACACAACGUCCAGCCUGGCGUUCCUGUCGGUGACCGCCGGGGCGUCGAUACUGUUUCUCGUUCCUCUCUAUGUCGACCCGGCGAUCUCGACGCUGGUCGGCGACUUUGUCGAGCGACCGACGAUGUGCGUCACGACGCGGCGCGAAGACAUGACCGGCCUGUUCAACUGCUCGUGGAGUUCGUGCCGCGAGGGCUGCACCUCGGAUGUGUUCAAGUGUACCCAUAUCUAUGUGACGUUUAUCGACGAUCUGAACUUUACGUUCCCUUUCAACGCGACGCCCUCGGAGCUGUUCAAUCUGACCGACAUCGAGCGGUCCGACGAAGCGAUCCUGUUGGUGAACAUCAAGGGCUGCGGCUACCCGCCGACGGUCACGUGCAAAAACUUCACCGACAUGUACGGCUUCGAGGGCGCGGUCUUUCCCUGCUACUACUCCAAGCUGAACAAGACGGUCGUGAUGACGGCCUACAACCGGGAGGACCAGGUGCAGACGAUCGUGCACUUUUUCGUCAUCCCGUUCAUCGUCACGGUGAUAUCGUCGGUGUUGCUCUGCAUAAUGCACUGUGAUUGUAGGUGUAAGAAGGAACGGCGGAGGCGACACCGGCACCGCCGGCCUAGGAUAGAGAAUCUCAGCGAUUCGUCGAUAUCGACCCGGGUGGACAUGCUGACGCCCGCGAUCGAAGUGUACAAGCCACCCCUCUGACACAAGGACGACACCCUGGAGAGCAACCUCGGCAAUCCGUCGACCAGUAGCGAUCUAUGACGAGGUGGCGGUUGCAUUGCGCUGUUGCUGCUGCGGAAGCUGGCGAGGGUGGCAGCUUGCACGUAAGUCUGUUUUUUCUAACGACGACGCCAAGGCCAGUGUCCAUCGCAGGACGAUGAAGCUGGACGGCCACGACAACGAUGACGGAUGAGUCCCGUGGUGGCGUUACAGAACGAUAAAGUCCCGGUUUAAUGACUGGGAUGGGACAGCUUUUUUCUGAUGUCGACGACGAGACGAAAAAAAAAAAACCCGUGCAAACAACUGCACCAUCUAGAAACCCUCCAAUAGUGCACAUACCAAACGGUGGUGCAAAUCAAAACACGCCGGAAGCAGUCGUUAAAACCGGAAGAGCGUCGUCAUCGUCGUGUUGUGCAAGGCUGAACUGAUAGCAAAGAGAAAGCAACAGUCGCGAACAACAGCCAUAAAACAAACUGAAGAAACUGUCUCUUUUGGGUGUCAAAUUAAGCAGCAAAUCGAUCUAAUAGGAUUAAAACCAAUUACGUAGAGAAGAAUAGGAGGAUACAAAAAAGUACUAUUAAAAAAUCAAGAAAAUUCUAUAUACACCGACAGAGCGGGUUGAGCGCGGACGAAGAACAUGGAGAAAUAAAUCCGUAGCAAAUAAUGGUAACACUAAGAAAAAGAAGAAGAAGAAAAAAACUGUAGCUUAAGUAGGAUUAAACAAGGUAAACUUUUAGUGUGUAGCAAACGACGAGAGACAGAAUCUGCGCUGACUACCAAAUCUGUCACUAAAUGGAAUAACACAGCAAAUGUAUAAACCCCAGCGUUUUUUCUUUCUUUGCCUCGCUAAAAGAUACAGGUAAAGAGGAAAAAAGUACCAUUUUACACCAAAGCAAAAAAAAGAAGAGAAAAAAAGUGUGUGCAUGUGUAUCCUUAGGAAGGAGCAAUCGAAUUUUUCCAAAACGGUGUCCCCAAACGGACGUCAAAAUUCAAGACAGCAAUAAUUACUCGAAAUUCGAAUCCCUCCCCGGACACGAGGGAACGGGGAGUGCCACCCUAGUGUAAUUUGGAGUGCAUGUUUUUGGCUUUCUCGGAAUUUUAGGUUGGCUCGUUUCGUACCUUUUUUUUUUGUUUUGCCGAACGUGGAGUUCCAACUAUUCUUAGUUUGAAAAAAAUAAACGCGAGGACGAUGCAAUUAAAAGCCUUUAACUAGUAAAACUGCCAAAAACCAUCAACAAAAACGCGAAACGAAACACUCUUUCUCUCUCUAAUACCAUCAAACACACACACACAUAGGCACACCCCUCACCCAUACCAACACACACACAAGCAGAGCGAACAAAAAAAAAACAACCCGUCAAACAAUUUCCCACGUGUACGCGGCGCGGCAGGGCUAGGAAUAUCGGUAGCGGGCGGUGCCAAAGCAAGGUCACGUGUACAGCAGCAGGAAUAGGAAAGGGAGUAUGGUUUUUAGUGUUGUUAUACCAAUCAAUACGUUUAAUUUUGUUAGGUGUGCAGGGCUAGGAGUCAUUCGUAGCGAGUUCUCAAAAGUUUAAUUGUUACCUUUGUUACGGUCGUUAGCAAUAGUUUAUAGAAUGGAAUGGGGAGUGGGCGCCACCACCAGAAAACCGCAACGUUGAAGAGUUUUCUUUUCUUUUCUAAAACAAUGCUGAAUAAUGCAAAACUUUGGACUUUGACAGAACAGAAUAACUAGAAAUGAUUACAAAUGGCAAAACUAUUGACAAAUAUUCCAAAUCUCUAGUAUCAACGCCUUAACUUCCAAGCUCGAGAAAAAUGGGACCUUUGUUUGGAAAUUCCCUUUUUUCUCGUGCUUGGGAAUCUAGGUGAUAACGCAUUUUUGGUACGUU